UGAUUUCCUUUUGCUCACAGGUAAGAAGAACUCCAUAUUGUUGCGCAAGACGUCUCAGGGAGGGUCAGUAGCAGGCAGCAGUCUGGGUCGGGGAGGAGGCAGCCGUGGCGGAGGGGCAGGAGCUGCCGGUCUGGGUUCCUGUGACAGUGUUCUGGUCCAGCAGAUCGUGAAGCAUGACAGCAUGCCCACCAUGCAGGACAUCACUGUGGGCCCCCGAGGCAGCACUGGAGGGACGGUCUCCCCAAGACCUCACCCUCUGAUCUGGGCACCGCUGGUCCAUGCUCCCCUGCAGACGGCCGCCGCCACCACCAAUGUGGCCAUAGCAUUAAUGCAUCAGCAGCAGCAGCAGCAGCAGCUCCAACAGCAGCUCCAACAGCAGCACGCCCUCGGAGCCGCCAUCUUCCUUCCCUCUGCACUGCCCAUCUCACCGUCACCCUCCUCUUGCCCGCUCUCACCUCCCCGCCCGCCUAUUCUACACCCUCGCCAGUCUCUCAGCUCUCUGAUCAGUGUGAUGGGUGGACUGCCUCCGCGGGGAUUCCCAUCCACUAUAAAUCCUACACCCUCACCCUCCACCUUAGGACCAACCACUGUGGGGAUGGCUCCUCCUCCGACAGGAGGAGUUGCUAAAGCUCCUCCCACACCUGCAUCAUCAGUCCCUGCCCCCUUGCAAGCUGGCAGAACUCUUCAUUACAGUCUGCGCCUCCACACGGAGCCCACCACAUCACCUGUGCAUAAAGUAGCUCCGCCCCCUUCAGCGGUCGUGGCUCUGUCCACUGAAGGACGCAACAUCAGCUCUACUCCGCAGGGGGCCAAAGAAGCUUUACUGCGCCAUGUUGGCGGCGGCAGCACUCAGGGCCUGCCCAUGAUUGGCAGACUCACCCAGGAGGCACGCCUGCUCUCCGCAUCACAGCCGACGCUUCCGCACCGGGGCUGGACAGGAGUCCAGCCUCACCCACCCCUCCACCGGAAAGCAUCCGGAGGAAACCUGCUGCCGGCACCCUUCCUUCUGUCCGCAAGUCUUGCUAGAGGAGGAAGCGCAGGGGUUUUGAGUUCAAAUGCACUACAGCCGGUUGCUCCACAAAUGGCAGCACACCCUGCCCUGCUGCUGCCCACUCAGCUGGCACAUGCAGCUCCUCUAGCAUCAGCUCUGCCACCUCUCGCACCUUCAUCCUCAUCCCCCAAGCAAACCCCUCUGUGCUCCACCAACCCUCCUUUACCCCUCACUGCCACUGUUCUAGGAGUUCCUCAAACCCAGCGGGCCAAACCGUGCACCGCAAUACCCACUCCUCCCUCCACAUCUCCUCCGCCUUGCCUACGCCCUCCUUCUCCCUCUCCAUCCAUCUCCACCUCUCCAACUUCUUCAUCUGGCAACUCUUUGGCUCAGAACUCCCGUGCCAAGCCCUCUCAGACACCUCCACCACCCUCCCCAUUAUCUUGCACCACCAAUUCAACACCCACUGUCACUCCCUCUCACACCCCCACCCCGACUCGAACCCCAACACCUAUUCAAACUCCCAUUCAGACCCCCACCCAAUCUAGAACACCAGUGGCCAUCCAAAUCCAAUCCCAGAGCCGGAGUCCAACUCCUGUCCAGAUCCCAGCUGCAAUUCCAACCUCAGCCUCCACCCAGAGUCCGUUUCCUGCUCAGAUGCCAAGUAAACCUCUAGGCUUCACCCCAGGACAAAGUUCUGCAGUCCAGCUGUCAUCCACCAUCCAGGUUCUGAGUUCUGCUUCUUCUCCAGCACGUUCUCCAGUCUCCAGUCAAACCCAGAGUGCCACACAGACCUCCAGCUCUCCUUGGACCCCAGUGUCCCCGAUCCACACCCCGGCCCCCAGCAGACCCUCCACCCCUGCUCCUGCUGCUUCUCCAGCAUCCACUCCAUCUCCUUCUACUUCACAGCCGCUGAAGCCAGCUGCAGCCCAGACUCAGACCUUAAAUGUUUUGUCUACUCCGACCUUAAGUCCAUCUCACUCUCCUGCUCCCAGUGGCUCUGCAUCUCCAGUUCUCCAGUCCACCCCCACUUCAGCAAACGAGGCAAAGAAAGAGCAGGACUUGCAGAGAGAUUUAGAGAGCAAGAGACAAAAGUAUCCUGCUAACAUGUGAGGAGGGAUGUGGAGGCUGUCGGAGACAGAAUUGGAGAUUUCUACAGGAUCAGUUCAGGUUCCAUGAGCAUGCGGUCUGCGUUGGACCAUGGCGAAGGUGUAGCUCUACUGACUUAACAUCUACCCAAACUAAUCAAGGUAAAAACAAAAUGACUCUAGUACUAGAAGAACUUGAUUGGUGUCGUUCAGGUCAUCCGGGAAUGUCAGGUAGAACCAAGUCAUCAGCAACACAUGCUAGAGAACCAGCAUCUUUCCCUGAACAGAUAUUUGAUAUUUCCAGAAAUGAUCUCUGCUGUUUGUAGGUGACGGGCUUUUAAUCUUUCAUAGUAGAGACUCAAAUUCUGUCAUUUGCCAAAAAUGUCUUAAAGGGAAUGUAAAUGAAGAACUGCCACACUUUAUGACACAUUUGCACAGUUAAACAUAUGAGAAGAUCAGAGAAUGCUCCAUCAGAUCAGAACAGAUCUAGCCAUAUAACAUCACAAUUACAGAUGAGAUUACACACAAGCUGUCUGAACCGCUCUCUCUAGCCAGUGCAGAAGCUGGAGAGUCACCAUCACACCAUAUGCCAUUGACCAUCCGUCACAGGGUUACAAAUACGACAAAUCUUAUUGCACUUCCAUCUAGAGUCUAAUGUAAUGUGUCCUGGCUGCCCUGGGGGACCAAACAAAGUAUGUUCUGGGGAGUAGGGAAAUAUUUUCAGCACAGGGAACUUGUGUUGAUUUGGGGAAGCGUUUACACCACACUGCCUUCAAAUAAAAAUCAAAAGCUUUUGA